AUUCAGUUUACCAACAUAAGCACUCCGACUGCAGAAAACUGUCGUAAAGAGAGCGCAGAAGACGGCAGACGCGUGUGGAGCGCAGCACAAGUGGUCGGUGUUUUGGUCAGAGAGUAUCGAAUUAAUCCAUGUUAAAACUCUCCUGUGUUGAUGUGGUGAAUAUGUUACCUGUUAUGGACAGCAACGAUAAAGCAGAUGAUGGUCGGAGAGGAGUUAAGCGCAAGAUGGCUUUGUCCAGCUGUGAUGUUUGUGAGACUAAAGAGGCGAAAUACAGAUGCCCGAGCUGCAGGAAACACACUUGCAGUUUGGCCUGCGUCAAGCAGCACAAGAUGGUGUCGGGAUGCUGUGGUGUUCGGGACAAGACGGCGUUUAUCCCUCUCGCGGAGUUUAACGAAAUCAACCUGCUCAACGAUUACAGGAUCCUGGAGGACACGGCUCGACUGACACAGCAGUCCAACAGAGACCGGGUCCUGCUCCGCAGCCGCCGGCACCCGAAGGAGGGCAUGUGGAUGAUCAGAAAAGCCAGAGCUGUCAAAGUCACCCUGAGGUUUCUGCCCAAAGUGUUCAGCAAACAUCGGGAGAACCGCACCAUCUUCAGAAGAGCGGAAGCACGAUUCUACUGGCAUCUGAAGAUCCAUUUUCCUCAGAGCGACGCGGUUUAUUCAGAGAGGUGUCCUGAUAACCGGCAGCUCGAUCAGAUUCUCAACGACUACAUUCAUCCUUCAGAAUCAGAUCCAGUCAAACGGCAGAAGUUAAAGGUGUACGUCCGCAGUCCUCAGGAGGACAUCCGAGUCUUUCUGAAGUCCGAGCAAACACAACCCAACUCUCUCAGGUAUCUGGAGCUGGACCUGAAGACAACUCUGCAGGAAAACCUGAUGCAGAAGACCAUCGUGGAAUACCCAGAAGUCUUUGUGGUUCUGCAACAGCACAGUCAGCAGUACCUCACUCGCAGACCGGAGCGUUCCAAUGUGGUCCAAGGUGUUGCAUCAGCGAGCGUCACCAGAACUUCAUGUUCUCUGGCUGAACCACGCUCAGAAGCUCUUGUGCAUGUGCCGAAGAAGCCAAAAGUCUCAGAGGACGAUGAGCUGGAGGACGGAGAGAUUCGAAGUGAAGAAGAGGAUGGAAACACUGAAGAUGAUGAUGGUGACGCUGAAAAUAAACGACCUGCAAUGCAUCCUGAUGGAAAUGAUGACCGUGAUGAAGAAGAGGUGGAGAUGAAGGACUGUACUCAUAACAGUGUUCAGGACGCUCGGGAAGAUGACUGGAACCAAAACAAAGUGGUUUCAGUGAACAUCACCAGCAAAACUGAAGAAAUAAUGAUGGUUUCUCAAGGUCCUGAAGAAGCUGACAGCACUGAGACCGUCACUGGUGAUGCUAGAAGGCUAUGUGCAGACGACAAGUUGGAGAAAAACAUUCAUUCCAAUGCUGGACUUCCAGAAGAUCAUGGUGUUCAAGACAAAAAUUGUGAUAAUGGUGCAAUGCAUGACGAAGACGGAAAGUCUGACACCCAGCAUGACUCCUGCAUCGCAGUUCAUAAUGCCAACGUUCAGAUUCAAGUCAAAUUGAACAUGCAUGAAGAAAACGCUGAUAUUUAUUCCAGUGGAAGUGAAAAUCAGGCUAAUAUGUGAAAGCAUAGCAGCUGAAUGACCUAAUGUUAUCCAGCAGACUGAUAAUCAGACGAUAGCAGAUAAGGCUUCAGAUAAAGACAAUAGCAAUAAUCGUUGCCGAGGCGAUGGACUGUUUUGGCGACUGAUAUGUUUUGAGCGCUGAUAAGUGAUAUCAGACACGACACGCCACGGUGUUCAUAAAAAAGCAGAAACAUUCCUCAUAGAGCUCACGCUGUUAUUCGCCUCAGUUGCAAACAUGAUAUUUGAUUUCUGUUAUCAAAUCACGGUCAUGUAUAAUGUAUGAUGUAACGUGCCUUCAAAUUGCAUCAGAAAACUUUACUUUGAUAAACUGACAUACGCAGUGUUUUUCGUUUCACAUUUAUUUUCUGACUUGCGACAGACAUUUCUGUAUUUUUAUGCCACGGUUCUUUUUAAUAAACUUCUGGAUCUCUUUGUGAGUGAUGCCAGUUCGGAGUCUCUUUUCUGAUUUUUUU